AACUGAAAUUGUUGGCGAAACGAAUUGCAGAUUGGUUACAACAACAAUUCCAUAUUCACUACUCGCUUAUUUUACAAUAUCUACUAGACAAUUUACUAAUACCACAACUAUAGCUAACUGCAAAGUAGAGGGUAUACUCGUGCUGUAGUACAGCCUAUACAUAUUUGCAAUUCAAGCUCGGGACGAUUGGGUACAGGAUAGAAGAAGACGACAACAAUCGACCGGUUAUCCGCUCGUAGAAGCCAGUGCUCACUGCUAUAAACCCUCCAAGUCUGAUCAAUCAAUACCAAUACGAAAUAUGGAUAGCAACGCCAAUUAUAUCCAGCAUUUAAAUAGCCUCCUGAAUCCUAAAAAUGAGGAUGAUAUAGAUGACGAUGACAUAACUUCAACAGGCCAUAACAUCAAUCCUUCUCAUAUUGGCCCUCCCAAAAAGAAAACAAGUAACAACCAAGAUGAAAAAAAGGCCAAUGAAAAGACCAAAAGUAAAGAUAUUUGGGAUGAUAGUGAAGUUCUUGAUGAUGUAGACAUUGAUGAUUCCUUGGAUCCACGUGAGCAGCCUGAAUAUGACUUAAAAUUUUCUCAAAGUGUCUCAAGCGAGGAUGUCUACUUACAAAUGGGACAAAAAAAUCAAUCUACUGCAUCAUGUGAAAAUUUAAUGAUCAAGAUUAAACUCCCAGCAACUACUAUGAAUGAUGUGGAACUACAAGUUACAGAUACCUUUCUUGAUCUUCGUUCCCCAAAAUAUAAAUUAGCUUUAUAUCUUCCACACAAAGUCGACAGUAAAAAUGGUAAAGCGCAAUGGGAUAAAGCAAAAGAAGAACUUAACAUUACCCUUCGUGUUCAGCGUGAAUAUGAUUUUCUAAAUAUGUAA